AUGGUGCAUUUCACCAAGUCUUCAACUGGAGAGCAGCAGCGUCUGGCACGGCCUCAGCAAACCGGUCCUGCCCACCAGGUCGCCCCCGGGGAGUGCACGCGGGGUCAGCCACGUAGGUCCCGAGAGGGCAUUCCAGGGGGACAUAUUGCCUCCUCGUCGUGUCGCUUGCCCCCGACGCUCAUUAGUCAGGGGAAGGGCAUGGAGUUGUGUUCAGGGGCAAGGGGGUCGGUCAGCUGUUCAGGGGCAAGGGGCGGCAAGCUAUUCAGGCUGUUCAGGGCAAGGGGGUCGGUCAGCUGUUCAGGGGCAAGGGUCAGCGGGCAAGGGCACUGUUUCAGGGAAGGGGGUCUGGUCAGCUGUUCAGGGCAAGGGGACGUCGGUUCAGCUGUUCAGGGGCAAGGGGGUUCGGUCAGCUGUUCAGGGGCAAGGGUCGGUCAGGUCAGCUGGUUCAGGGGCAUGCGGGGUCGGUUAGCUGUUCAGGGGCAAGGGGGUCGGUCAGCAUGUCAGGGGGCAGGGGGUCGGGUCAGCUGUCAGGCGGCAUGGGGGUCGCGUCAGCUGUUCAGGGGCAAGGGGUCGAGUCAGCUGUUCAGGGGCAUGGGAUUUGGUCAAGCUGAUUCAGGGGCAAGGGGGUUCGGUCAGCUGAUUCAGGGGCAAGUGGGGGUCGGUCAGCUGUUCAGGGCAUGGGGUCGGUCAGCUGUUCAGGGCAGGGGUCGUCAGCUGGAUGUUCAGGGGCAGGGGGUCGGUUCAGCUGUUCAGAGGCAAGGUUCGGGUCAGCUUUCAGGGCAAGGGGUCGGUCAGACUGUUCCAGGGGGCAGGGGUCGGUCAGCUGUUCAGGGCGCGAGGUCGGGUUCAGCUGUUCAGGGGCGGUGGCAAUGGUCAGCUGUUCCAGGUGUCGAGGGAUCGGUCAGCUGUUUCAAGGCGUGCAGCAUUGGUCAGGCUUUCAGGGGCGCGAGGAUUGGUCAGCAGUUCAAGGGGCUGCAGAUGUCAGCUGUUCAGGGCGUUGCAGUUUUUGAUUGGUCAGCAUGUUCAGGGGCGUGCAGUGGUCAGCUGUUCAAGGGCGUGCAGUAUGCGUCAGCUGUUCAGGGGCGCGAGGAUCGCGUCAGCUGUUCAGGGCACCAUGGUCAGCGACUCAGUGGGGCGGAGGUCGGUCAGUGUCAGGGCGUAGUGGUCAGCUCAGUUCGGGGCGCGAGGACGUCGUCAGCAGCUUCGGGCAGAUGGUCAGUCUGUUCAGGGCGCGCAGGAUCGCGUCAGCUGUUCAAGGUGUGCAGAUUGGUCAGCUUUCAGGUGGGCGCGAGGAUCGGUCAGCUGUUCAGGGGCGUGCAGAUGGUCAGCUGUUCAGGGGCGUGCAGAUGGUCAGCUGGGGCGUGCAGAUGGUCAGCUGUUCAAGGGCGUGCAGAUGGUCAGCUGUUCAAGGGCGUGCAAGAUUGGUCAGCUGGUUCAGGGGCUGCAGAUGGUCAGCUGUUCAAGGGCGCGAGGAUCGGCAGCUAUUCAGGGCUCGGUGAGAUGGUCCAGCUGCUCAGGGGCGCGAGAUCGAACAGCUGUUCAGGGGCGUGCAGAUGCAGCUGUUCAGGGCGCGAUGGACGAUCGAACAGCUGUUCAGGGGCGUGCAGAUGGUCAGCUGUUCAGGGGCGCGAGGAUCGGUCCGCUGUUCAGGGGCGUGCAGAUGGUCAGCUGUUCAGGGUCGUGCAGAUGGUCAGCUGUUCAGGGGCGCGAGGAUCGAACAGCUGUUCAGGGGCGUGCAGAUGGUCAUCUGUUCAAGGGGCGUACAGAUGGUCAGCUGUUCAGACGGGCGCGCAGGGUCGGUCAGCUGUUCAGGCGUUGCAGAUGGUCAAGCUGUUCAGGGGCGUGCAGAUGGUCCAGGCUGUUCAGGGCGCAGAUCGGCAGCUGUUCAGGGGCGCGAGGAUCCGGUCAGCUGUCAUGGCGAUCAGCUGCUUCAGGGGCGCGAGGGAUCGCGUUCAGCUGUUCAGGGGCGUGCAGAUGGUCAGCUGUUCAGGGGCGCGAGGAUCGGUCCCUCUUCAGGCUCGGGCAGAGAUGGUCAGCUGUUUCAGGGGCGCGAGGAUCGGGUCAGCUGUUCAAGGUGUGCAGAUGGUCAGCUGUUCAAGGGCGCGAGGAUCGGUCAGCUGUUCAGGGGCGUGCAGAUGGUCAGCUGUUCAAGGGCGUGCAGAUGGUCAGCUGUUCAAGGGCGUGCAGAUGGUCAGCUGUUCAGGGGCGUUGCAGAUUGUUCAGCUGUUUCAGGGUGUUGCAGAUGGUCAGCUGUUCAAGGGCGUGCAGGAUGGUCAGUCUGUCAACGGGUCCGCGAGGAUCGGUCAGCUGUUCAGGGGCGUGCAGAUGGUCAUGCUUCUAGGAAUGGCGAGGAUCGGUCAGCUUGUUUCAGGGGCGUGCAGAUGGGUCAGCUGUUUCAGGGGUGCGAGAUUCGUCAGCUGUUCAGGGCGUAGCAGAUUGGUCAGCAGCUUUCAGGGCGCAUAG